GUGGUCUGCACCGCGGAGGGCGAGUGCCCAGCGCGCGCGGGCUUCGGGUGUGCGCUGAGUCCGAAAAGUGCUAUGCUGCCCCGAGAGUCCUGGCCCGUGGUCUUGCAGUCCAGGGGGCUGGAUGGCAUGCUGGACCCAAGCUCAGCUCAGCGUCCGGGCCCAAUAAGGGCUUUUCCAAGGGAGCAGCUUUCUGUCCUGGCCACACUGAGGUGCAUAGCGUAAUGUCCAUGUUGUUCUACACUCUGAUUACAGCUCUUUUGAUCGGCAUUAAGGCAGAACCACACACAGAAAGCAAUGUCCCAGCAGGACACAGCGUCCCCCAAGCCCGCUGGACUAAACUUCAGAAUUCCCUUGACACAGCACUCCGCAGAGCCCGCAGCGCCCCGGCAGCGCUGAUAGCUGCCAGGGUGGCCGGGCAGACCCGCAACAUCACUGUGGACCCCAAACUGUUCAGAAAGCGGCGGCUGCGCUCCCCGCGGGUGCUAUUCAGCACCCACCCGCCACCUGUCACUGCAGACACUCAGGAGCUAGACUUGGAGGCUGGCGGUGCCGCCCCCUUCAACAGGACUCACAGGAGCAAGCGGUCAUCGUCACACCCCGUCUUCCACAGGGGGGAGUUCUCGGUGUGCGACAGUGUCAGCGUGUGGGUGGGGGAUAAGACCACCGCCACGGACAUCAAGGGCAAGGAGGUGAUGGUGUUGGGAGAGGUGAACAUCAACAAUAGCGUAUUCAAACAGUACUUUUUUGAGACCAAGUGCCGGGACCCCAAUCCCGUGGACAGCGGGUGCCGGGGCAUUGACUCCAAGCACUGGAACUCCUAUUGUACCACGACGCACACCUUCGUCAAGGCGCUGACCAUGGACGGCAAGCAGGCCGCCUGGCGCUUUAUCAGGAUCGACACAGCCUGUGUGUGUGUGCUCAGCAGGAAGGCUGGGAGAAGAGCCUGACCGGCAGCCUCCGCCCUCCCAGAGCUCCCCCACACUCUCCUGGCCCCUCCCUACCUCAGCCUGUAAAUUAUUUUAAAUUAUAAGGACUGCAUGGUAAUUUAUAGUUUAUACAGUUUUAAAAGGUCAUUAUUUAUUAAAUUUUUGGAAGCA